GUGUGUGUGUGUGUGUGUGUGUGUGUGUGAGAGAUUAGUGUGGAUUUAGCUGCAGCAGCCGAGGAUUCAGGUGAACAACAGACGGUCGGCAGCUCUGAGACGAGGCGAGCUGGAGUCUGUCUGUGACAUCAUCAACAGGUGACGCCCUUCCCAUGGUGCCCUGCUCCCUCCAGGGUCACCAUGGGAGACGAGCCUUACCAAGAAUGUCGAGCUCAGGAGCUGUUUGAUGAGUUUGUGUCGGCGUCGACCUGCAGGGCGGUGCUGCGAACCUUCGGCCAGUUGUGUGAACAUCUGCAGAUGGACACCAGCACCGCGGAGAGGCCGCUGUACCGACCAAUCAAAUGCCGCCUCAAUUACUGGAGGGCCAACGCUCUGUGGGCCAAGCUGGACCGAAGGGCUGCACAGCAGGAGUAUCUGAGGGCCCGGGUCUGCAACAAUACAACGUGUGUGAUUAUUGGGGCGGGGCCGUGCGGUCUGAGGACGGCGGUGGAGCUGAGCUUCAUGGGAGCUCGGGUGGUGCUGCUGGAGAAGAGAGACUCGUUCUCCAGGAACAACGUUCUCCACCUGUGGCCCUUCACCAUCCAUGACCUACGGGGCCUUGGCGCCAAAAAGUUCUACGGAAAGUUCUGCGCCAGCUCAAUCGACCACAUCAGUAUCCGUCAGCUGCAGCUGGUCCUGCUAAAGGUCGCCUUACUCCUGGGGGUAGAAGUUCAUGUCAAUGUGGAAUUUAAAAACCUGGUGGAGCCGCCGGACGACCAGAGACGCAAGAUUGGCUGGAGAAUGGAGGUGAAUCCAAAGUGUCAUCCUGUUAAUCAUCUGGAGUUUGACGUCAUCGUUGGAGCGGAUGGACGCAGGAACACGCUGCCAGGUUUCAGACGUAAAGAGUUCAGAGGGAAACUCGCCAUCGCCAUCACGGCCAACUUUAAAAACAGAAACACCAGCGCUGAGGCCAAAGUGGAGGAGCUCAGCGGAGUCGCCUUCAUCUUCAACCAGAGGUUCUUCCAGGAGCUUCGACAGGAAACAGGGAUCGACCUGGAGAACAUUGUCUACUACAAAGACGACACUCACUACUUUGUGAUGACAGCGAAGAAACAGAGUCUGUUGGAGAAAAGAGUCAUUCUACAGGACUUUGCUCACACUGAGCAGCUCCUUUCACGGGGGAAUGUGGACCAUCAUGCGUUGCAGGUGUACGCCCGCGAGGCUGCCAACUUCUCCACAAAUCACCAGCUGCCGUCUCUAGACUUCGCCAUGAACCACUAUGGUCAGCCUGACGUCGCCAUGUUUGACUUUACCUGCAUGUACGCAUCUGAGAACGCCGGCAUGAUCCGACAACGCCAGGGACACCAGCUGCUUGUCACACUGGUGGGGGACAGCCUGCUGGAGCCCUUCUGGCCAAUGGGAACAGGUGUAGCUCGUGGUUUCCUCGCGGCUCUAGAUUCAGCCUGGAUGAUCAGGAGUUGGUCUCAGGGCGGAGCUCCGCUGGACGUCCUGGCUGAGAGAGAGAGUUUGUAUCGUCUCCUCCCUCAGACGACUCCAGAGAACAUGCAGAAGAACAUCAGUGUUUUUUCUGUGGAUCCAACGACACGCUACGUCAAUGUCAACACACACCGCAUCACACCUGACCAGGUGAGACACCUGCUGGACACUGGAGAAGAGGCGGGGCUUAAUGCAAACUGUGGUGACAUCAUCCAUAUGCCUUCGCCCAGGACACUCAGAGAGGAGUCCGCGCCUCAGACUAAUCAGCUGCUGACGUGGUGUCAGGAGCAGACGCGUGGUUACCGGGGCGUAGCUGUGACUGACCUGACUACUUCUUGGAAGAGUGGCCUCGCUGUGUGUGCUGUCAUCCACCGAUGUCGACCCGAUCUCAUAGACUUUGACGCUCUCGAUGAGUCGUUGGUAGAAGAAAACACUCGUCUGGGUUUUGACGUCGCAGAACAAGAGUUGGGGAUUUCUCCUUUGAUGACGGUGGAAGAAAUGUUGUCUGUCGGCGAACCGGACUCUCUAUCUAUGGUCGUUUACCUGAGUCAGUUCUACCAGCUGCUCAAAGAUUCACCGCCCCCUGCUGGAUGUUUGAGUCGGAGCUCAGAUCUGAGGUCAGCGCUCGUCACUCCUGCCUCCCUCCUCAGUCGACUCGGACACAGUCCGUCCAGGAAAUCGAACCCAAAGGAGCUAAAAGACGCUGCAGGUAAAAGGAGGAAGACCAGUGGACUGAGUGAAGAGCAGCAGGAGUCAUGUGACGGGGGCGUCGACGGACAGAUGUGUGAUAACGCGUCUUUGUGCAUGUCCACUGGAUCCAGAGUUCGUCUGAUGGCCAAUCAGCUGCAAGCAAAGCUUGACCAGACGUUAUCUUCUUCAGCUUCACCUCACCGGCAGGGGGAGGUGUUGUCCAGUGUCCAUACAGCCUCAGAGUGUGCGGAUGCUGCUGCCCAGCCGUCGUCAUGGAGACCGAGAAAACGAACUCUUCAACAGGAACAGAUGAGUUUCCGCUUCAAAGAGAAGAUCAAGUGUCAGAGCGCCCUCAUCAGGGACGAGAAGUUUCCCGUCUGCUGCAGCGAUGUCUGUUUCUUCUGUCAGCAGAGAGUCUACGUGAUGGAGCGUCUGAGCGCUGAGGGCUUGUUCUUCCAUCGCAGCUGUUUCCAGUGUGAUUUCUGCAGCAGCUCGCUCCGACUGUCGGCGUACACCUUCGACCAACACGCCGGGAAGUUUUACUGUCUCCAUCACUACGACUGUCGUCUGAGCACCACCACCGCGAGGAGGCCGAUGGCGUCUGACACAUCAGCUUCACACCGAACGUCUGUGGCGUCUCAGGGCUCAGGCCCUUCCCUCCCCUCCUCUGACUCUCAGGACUGGGCUCAGGACUGGGCGGAGCGCCGCCGUUCGUCAGAAGUUUCUGUGAUGGCGGCGACACCCGAGAGAAUCGAGCUCGAAAACUGCAGACGAAGCUCGACCGAGGUGGGGCUUUGCGAGGAGGCGGAGCUCCAUGAGAUCUCAGAGGAGACGUUGAACCAGUUCAACCUGAACGUGGAGCAGAAACAGGAAGUGAGUUCAGAGUCUGGGAGCGAUGAGGAAGAUGAUCGAGGAGGUCAUGUGACCUCAGUGGAGGUCAGCGCUUCAUUGAGGGAAACUCUGCAUCACCUCCUCAGGAGAAAUGAGGAUGAAGAGGAGGAUUAUGACGAAGGCAGUGAGGUGGAGAACAGGGAGGAGUUUUCUAAUCUCGUCCCUCAGAGCGUCUCCUCAGUGGCAGGAAGUGACAUCACAGGGUCUGAAACACCUGUGGAGCCUUACUCCACACUUUCAUCAUUGACUCCGCCCCCUGGUACCACGCCCUCCACCGCUUCCUUUAUCACCAUACCUGACUCCACCCACUAUGAGGGCAGAGACACUGUGGUCGCAAUGGAAACAGCCAGUCAGCAGCUUGUGCCCCGACAGUGGGGCUCCUUUGAUGACAUCAGCCCUGAACUACCACUGAAGAAACCCCUCCCCCAAUAUGAAACAUGGGCGUGGUCAGAAGAAGCUGAGGCAGGGUUUGAUGAGGACGUAGAGACAGAAAGGGGGAGGAGGAGACAUCACCUCCCCACCCCUCUGCAGGGCCUCCUCCAGCUGAAGGGGCUCAAGGAGGCUCCGCACCCUGGACAGGUGGAGGUGGAAGGAGGCGGAGCCAGAGCUCUGUGGAGGGCGGUGUUCUCCGGAAACAAGAAGAAGGAGAAGAAGAGGGGCUGGAGUUCACCUCCAGUAAAGACAAAGGUUACAGCCAAUCAGAGGAGAGCUACAGAUAUGAGAGGAAGUCUGACUGAAGAGUCAAAUCUGGAAUCAUCAGCGCUGCUGCAACGAUGUUCGCUAAAACCCAGGAACAACCUGCGUCUGGAGGUGUUCGACCUCACGUCUGAAAUUCACAGAGUCACAAUAACGGAAGAGGAGGAGGAACAGGAGCCGUUGUAUGUUCCACAUGCUCUGGCUUUCAAACGAUCAUACGCCAUCAAGAGACACUCUGGGAGGGACAGACUCCCCCUGCAGGACUCUGAUGGCCAGUCCUCUUGUCGCACUGAGGUUGUCGGGGUCGUAGUUGAGCUGAAGGAGCCGUCCAGUCUGAGCGUGAAGGAGGCCUUGUUCCACAGAGAGCGAGAGGGCGAAGAUGAAGACCUGGACACGAAAAUCACCAGACGAGUUCAGAGAGCUGCUCGACGACAAGCGAAACAGGAACAACAGAAGAGACUUCACAAGGCUCAGAUGAUCCAGAGACGUCUUCAGCAGGUUGAACAGAAACAAAGAGAACUGGAGGAGAAAGGAGUGAUGGUGGAGAAAGCUCUGAGAGGAGAGGCUGAUUACUAUGGAGACUCUAUCGACUGUCAAGAAGUCAACCUUCAUCUCGGAGGGCUGAGUCGUGUGGAGAACCCGGUUCUGAUGCAUCAGUGGUUCCAGCUCGUUCAGCAGAAGAAUUCUUUGCUUCGAUAUGAAUCUGAACUCCUCAUAUUUGCUCGGGAGCUGGAGCUGGAGGAUCGUCAGAGUCGUCUGCAGCAGGAGCUCAGAGAGAAAAUGGCCGUUGACGACCACCUGAAGGGGGCGCAGCAGCUGCUGGAGGAGCGUAUGAUGUUGGGGGAGAUGUUGGAGGUGGCGCAGCAGAGAGAUUCUCUAGUGUCCCUGCUGGAGGAGCAGAGAAAGCAGCAGCCACAGGAACAGCAGGACCAGAAACUGGACCUGAAACCAGGACCUGUGACUCAGCUGAUCCUGGACCUGGGACUCAGCUGAUCCUGAACCUGGUCUCAACAUAUCCAGGAUCUCUUUGUCCAGCUGAACUUAACCUGACAACCCACAGUCAGGCUCCGUGGUCACAUGAUGCUGGUUUAAACUUGUUAAGUUAACCCAUUAAGAUCGGGGUGGGGCGGGGCCUACUGGGGGCGGGUUCCACCUUGAUGAAGUUGUGGUGGUUAUUAAGGGUGUUUACAAAGGUUUGGAAGUCUUCUUUGGAGUAGGUCCAGAUCGCCCAGAUAUCAUCCAGAUACCUAAAGUAGUAUUGGGAUUUUGUUUUUGUAUCUGGAAGACAGUCUACUCCCAAUCUGCCAUGUAUACGUUUGCAUAUGCUGGGGCAAAUAGUUUGCCCAUCGUUGUGCCUUUUAAUUGAAGGUAAUAAGGUCCAUUAAAGUGGAAGUCAUUCCUGGUUCGACUUAAAUAUAGAAUAUGCAGAAUUUCCCUUUCCAUCCAUUUCUGGAUGGCUGCAUUGCCUAACGGUUUGUCGAUGGGUGUGUAGAGACUGUUGACAUCUGCUGUGAACAACAUACAGGGUUCCUGUAGCUGCAUGUCCCAUAUAUGUUGGAUGAAGUCCUGUGUAUUUUUAAGGUAGCUAGAGUAUUUUGUUGACAAUAGGGUUAGGAAUGAGUCAAUGUUUUCGGUGAUGCCAUAACUUUCACUUUUGCAAUCAGAGACAAUAGGGUGUCUGAGGGUACCUUGGUGUCUGAGGGCCUUCCUCUUUUAGGUAGGAGAUCUGCUUAUAUUGUUCAGUGUUUUUAUGGUUAGCAGGAUGUCCAACAUCUUGGCGAUCAUUUUGACUGUUUCUAAAUACAUAGGUUGUUCUAAGGUUAUGUAGUAAGUUGUAACUUGUAGUUGGUGUAGGGCUUCAUGAACAUAUUUGGUCCUGUCCAUGACUGUGGCACUGCCUUUGUCUGCCAGUUUGAUCACGAUGCUUUUGUUGUCCAUUCGAUCUUUUAGAGCUUGUUCCUCUUCUGGUGUGAGGUUUGUUGAGUCCUAUUCUUGUUUCAGGGAUUUCAAUGUUGACUGGUGUAAUAUGAUUAGGGUGAGUUGUUUGGGUGGUAAUUUGUCUGAUGCUGUUUCCCACAGGGAUUAGGGAGAAAUGGUCUUGGAUUUGGGGUUGGUCCAAAGUAGGCGCUCAGUUUCAGUCGUCUGUUAUUCCGUAAGGUUGAUGAGUAUGGAGUCUAUUACUAUUUGCUUUGUUCCAAGAAGGUACAAACGUUAAUCCUUUCUUUAACAGUUGUUUUUUGGUUUGGCAUUAAGUCAUAGUGGGUUGAUAGGUUAAUGACCUCCUUAUCUAAUGGUUCAGUCCCCCUCCUGGGUUGAUUUACCCUAAAAAAGCCUUCAAUGUUUGCCAUAUUUUCUGGCCCGAUCUGGGUGUCCAAUAUACCUGGUCCCAGUCUGUGCAGAAAUAAUUCCUUUCCAGGUGGGGGAUUUGACGGCCUGUUUCCUUGAUUAUGAAAUUGAAGGACUUGUUGUUCUUAAUCCUCUGGUAGUUGAUCAGAGCAGUUAAUUAUAGGAAUAAAGAUCUCUAGAGAUAAUGGUGGCUGCUAUUAGUAUAAAAUGUGUGUGAGUAGGAGGGGGUUUCCUUGUUUUCUGUUAAGGCCGAAUGAAAGGAUCACUUUGGUCAACAUUAUAAAUGACUACAGAGCCAACACCCACCUGGUCCAACACUUCUGGAAACAGGGACUAAGGAACUUGGUCAAGAGGACUCAGCACAAUCAGGACUGGACAACCUACCACAGGAGAAGAACAGAAGAACACUGGAUGAGAAGACUAGACAAGAUUCCCGAAUAGAAUGAACAAGAAGGACACCUUAUAACAGAUUGAAAUGGAAGUGUGUCAUUUGUGUAUGUGAUAUUGCAUGAGCAAUUGACCAGAUGUUUAUCUAAAGGGUCAACAUUAGGUUUAUAUGGUUGGGAUCUCACUCCGGGGGUCGUCCACAGUGACGUGAAGGCAGGAUGUCUCCAACACUGAUAAGACACCAGGAGACUAAUAUAUAUACCUUUACAUGACCCAAUGGGAGGGGCCUGUGGGUUCUAAGAACACAAACCUCACGUCUGUUAUUUGCUCAUCGUUAAAUGUCAUUCAAAUUCAUGUGAAGUGUGAGUCCAUCUGCAGAUGCUGAAGUAAAAUAAAGAAAUAAGUGUUUGA